GGUACAUAACAUGCAAAGGACAUAGUGUGGCUCUUCCAAAGUGUACCUUCGAUGCAGAAUGUUAAGCUUUUUCCUGAAUUCGUAUUAGGCAUUUGUUUGCCCUACUUGCCAUUUUUUUUUUUACUUCUCAAUUUUCACUAGCGAAGCCCGCUUUGACUACGCUUUGUCGAAAGUUUUUUGAAUCCAUCCAUUUCAUCCAGCCGUAAUUUACCUCAUGGAUGAUUUCGAGGAACAUCUGUCCCCUCGGAAGCUAUCCGAAUCUCACGCUAGAGAGAGAGGAGAAACUCGGCUACGUUUUUUGCCAAGAACAGGCCAUUCCAUAUACUACCUGGCCCUCACAUUCAUCGAAGCUAUCAUUGUCAUAUCUCUAGAAGCCGCUGUGUUUGGUAUUUUCUUUGGCACAAAGUUUAACAGUCCAGACCAACUCGGACAAGGCAUUCCUAUAUACCUCAUCAUCUUCAUCUUUUCACAAGUGUUCCAAGUGUUUUUGGCUUUAGAUGCGGUCCGAGCCCAAAACACCAUCCAAGUUAUUGGCAUAGUGCUGUUCAACCUUUGCUGUUUCAUUUACUCGAUCUUUCAGUUCCGACAAAUCAACAACUCUAUACAAGUACCACCCGAUUCACCGGAUGCCGCCACAUCUGCUUGGCUCGAGUCUGUCAUCAGAAAAUACAUGAUCGCCGCUUCUGUCAUCAUCGGCGUCUGUGAACUUGGUUACUGUUACCUUGGUGCGAGAUUGUACCAAGAGUUCGGUUGGCGAAUUUACAAGAAAAUCGGAGCUGACCCAGAAAUCCGAAAUAUGUAUCGCUGGUACCAAAUUUUUUUGAUGCUUUUGAAGCUGGACAUCUUCUUCUUUCUGGGAUUUUCCAUCCAAUUCUUGGUUUUGGUUUUGCAUUCAGGUGAUGUUGAGUACCCUCUGACCAUCAUUGCUCUUCCUCUUACUUGCUUGUUCCUGCUAUUGGCGGUGUACGCGGUUAAACAUGAGUCGAGGCAGUUGAUCUAUAUCUUCUUUGUGGGCACGGCUGCAGCAGUUGCGUAUUUCAUCUUCAAGAUAUAUCGCAUAUACGAUCCCUCUCAAGCCACGAAAUACAAAUACACAAAGGACUUUUUAACUUUUUUUGCCAGUGUCAGUUUGACGUUAUUGAUUCUAACUAUAGCGAACGGCAUAGUAUGUUGGUUGAAUUUCGACAAGGGGCUGAAGGCGCACUUGUUAAGAGACGCACCGACCAUGGAGUAUUCCAGAAAUGCUGGAGACCGAACCAUGACGCUGGAUUAAUCUUGUCUGUGUUUGCCACUAGUGUCAUAUCAGAAGAGAUUUGACUGGGCAAAGUCACUAUUCGUUUUACAAAUCUAAAUCCAUCUUGUAAUUUUUCUACCUUGGAUUAUCAUACCUUGUUGUAACAGUUUUGCAUUAUUAUCACCCUCUUUAUCCCCCUCCCGACGCCUUUCUCC